GCACUCUGGGGUAGUUGUCAGUCUUACUUGCGGAACACUAAACUCCAUUGUCAAUACAUUGACAUUCACUUCUCGUUAUACUCUUGAACUAUUUAAAUAAGGUGCAAUUAUGCUGGGGACAACUUCGCCGGUUGUGCCACAAAGACCGGGCGUGGCAAAGCAGAACUUGCAGUCUGAGAAUGCCGUACCAGUGAUUCCAGCAAGACCCAGAAAGCAAACCAAAUCUGCCGGGACGGAGUCUGCUAACUCCUCAGAUUGUGUUGUUUCACAUCUGACUCGUCCAGAACGUACUUCCAAUGAACUUGGUGAGUCAUCGAAUAGCCUGGAUGUGGAAAAUGAUAUCGGGGCUGAGAAACAGGUGUUCAACACCUCGACUGGAAAAGAAGAAGCUGCAGAUUCCACGGCUAACACAUUUGAGAACUCAUCUGAGGAGUCUGCUAAACAAGCCACCGGUGUGUUGGGGGAAGAACUUAGUGUCUCGGAUAUAAGACAAUCUGCUAUUACUCAAAGUCCUUCAAGUCAAAGCGCGCCUCAAUAUCAUGUGGCUGAUCUAGGAGUGGGGGGAGCACAAUUAGAUGGAGAUGUGAUUUCUCUGAAUGGAAGUUCCCCGUCGAGUAAUUUUGGAGGGGAGCCAGGUAUUCCUCAAUCUGAACUUGAUGACGCUUUUCGUCCCAUGAAGGUUGAGAAGGACGAGAGCCAUGUACCUACUAUUCCCGCCAGGCCAAAAGUAACACCAAGAGAAAAGCUGAGUCCGCCUCAGGAUGCUCAAACCGAAGAAAGCGCUGAAAUCUCAGGCCAAAAAUCACAGCAUUUAUCUAAAUCUGGAGAGCUAGCUGAGGAUAUCUCGAGCCGGGAGCCUUUGCCUUCAGAGUCUGCUACCGUCUCAGCCAGCCCUAUUGAGAUUUCCUCCACAAUUCCUCAGCCUCACGGAGAAACGGAUAUCUCGGGGAAUGAUUCACAGUCGAUUACAGAUACUGAAAGUAAACCCGAAAACGCUGGAUGGUCACAACAGAAUACUUCGAUUGAUCCUGAAGUGGUGUCUGAAUCGAGGUCUGCUUCCACGACAACAUGUGAAAAUGACAAGAACUGUAUAAAAGAGGCGGCACCAUCACCAGAGUCUGGGCUUUUGGAUCGGGCGGGUACGCAAUUCGUUCAGGAUCUGAAUGCCUUGUCACAACCUACGGUGCCUAAGAGACCAUCGCGGGCAUCAACAACCGAGGUUCAUAACCAAGAAAAGAAGCAUACACACACAGCGGUAAAAGAUCAAUCUGCCGAGCAGAGCAGCCUCAAGACAAACCAAAACAAUUCACUCCCUUUGAAGAAAGCACCUCCGGCAAAGCCAAAGAAGCUUUCGUCAAAGAUUGCGGCGUUCCAGCAAAUGUUUAAUCAGGCUCCACUUGAGCAAACGAUACCCAAAAUCGCACCUUCGGAGCGUGCAAGAUUGUCGUCAAAACAAACAAGCUUUGCUUCUAAUUUACAGGAUAUGAUGGGUCGCAGCCUUCCGCUCCCCGGCAUGGCGAAUCCUGACGUGACAAAAAAAAUGUCCCCCGCUGAAGACCCCGCCGAGAUUGAAAGUGAACAACAGUCUGAAUCUGUCUCCUGUUCAAGCAUCCCACGUAGGGCUCGUGGUCCGCGUGGAAAACGACUCCCAAAACAGAUUCAAGACACCAAAAUCGAAAUUGAACCUCGGUUCAAAAUCUGUGUGUCAGAUGUGUGGGAAGUUAGUUUCUGCAAGUUGCAGGAGACGGAUUCAUCUGAUGAUGUUGAAAAUGAGCAAGAAAAACUCGAAGAUCAUAUGGAUCUACCACAAGACAGCGGAUUGGUCGAAACAACGCAAGAUGACUCUGUAGUUCAGAAUUUUGAAGUAUCUGAGCCAGGAGCACACUCAGAACUACAGAACGAAGUUUCGGUCGAUGACACGGGGUGUCAUCCAGAAACAAGUAACUCUGGCGAUGUCAAUAACGAAAGCGAGACGGAGCCUGCGAUAAAUGAAGAAUGCGAACCAAAUUUUGAAGAUAAUUUGGGGAGAGACAUCUGUUCCUUGAAGAAUUCCGAAAUCGAUCUAACGGCGACAAAAGAUGAAGUGUCCGAGCAGGCCGAGUCACCUGCACAAGCUGAUGAAUCCGUGGAGACUGAAUGCACCGAAGUCUCAAGAACCAUAUUGAGAACGGAGACUGAAGCUGACUCAGACAAAUCUGACACUCCGGACGAUCUAAAUGAGCCCUAGCACCGGCCGAGAAUGUCAAAACCUUACCGUUUGGA